ACUAAAGUAAAGAUAAAAACCACUGUCUGUGUUACAGACGGUACCCUUCCAUCUGCACCAGAUGUUGCUGGCUCCUCCCAGACAGCUCAGUAACAUUCCAGCCCACCUCUGGGAAUCUGCUGGCUCCUCCACACUCUCUCACCAAGCUCCAGUCAAAGUAUUACAGGAGCUGAAAAAGACUGAGCCGACACAAAAUGAGAGGACUUGUUGUCUUGGUUACUUUGGCCUGCUUUGCCAGCGCUCAGCACCAAGCACUGAUUGACUACUUGGAGAGGAGGCUGCUCGCUAUUGAGGACCGGAUCUCUUUGUGGCAUGAACAGACCACCCGUUACGCCUCAGAGCUGCGGGAGCUGAAGCAACAGAUGGUUUCCCAGCUGGAGAACCUGGAUAAAGAGAAAGAGGCACUGAGGACGAAUCUGGAUGGCGUGGGGACGCGGGUGGACCGGGUCGAGCGCGAGCUGGACUACCUGGAGACUCAGAACGGAGCUCAGCCAUGUGUGGACGUGGACGACAAGCUGAUCGAGCAGCAGGUGACGCUGGUGAAGGAGAAGCAGAAGUCAAAGUAUUUCAAACAAUCAGACUGCAGUGAUAUGAUCUCCAGCAUAAAAGCCAUGAAGAUCUUGAAGCGAGUUGGAGGGCCAAAGGGCAUGUGGACCAAAGACACCAGCAGAGGCUCUGGGAAGGUCUACAUCUUUAACGGGACGGAUGACAACACCAUCCAUGAGUUUGCCUCUGUGCAGGACUUCACACGCUCGCUGGGGAUGUCUCUGUCCAAGGAUCUGAAGCUGCCGUCUGCCUGGAGGGGAACGGGACAUGUGGUCUACAGAAAUCACGCAUAUUAUAUAAACCAGGCUGAGGAGAUAAAGGUGGUUAAAUAUGACAUGAGGAACAACUCUGAGACAGACAGCACAGUGUUUCCAUUGCAGGACCACGUCCCAGUGUUCGGCCUGACCCCAGAGACACUGAUGGACCUGGCAGUGGAUGAGGAAGGCCUGUGGGCCAUUUACGCCACACGGCAGAAUGAUAGGCACAUCUCUGUGGCUAAGAUGGACGCCAACUCGCUGGACAUCGAGCAGAUGUGGGACACAAACUGUCCGAGAGAGAACGCAGAGGCUGCUUUCAUCAUCUGUGGCACUUUGUACGUGGUGUACAACACCAAGCAGCCCGGUCGCUCUCGCAUCCAGUGCGUGUUUGACGUCAACGGUAUGGUGACCAACGAAGACGCACCGCUGAUUUACUUCCCAAAGCGUUACGGAGCCCACUCCAGUCUGAAGUACAACCCGCAGGAGCAGCUGCUGUACGCCUGGGACGAUGGCUACCAGAUCCUCUACAAGCUGAUCAUGAAAAAGAAACUUGAAAUUUAAGUUAAAUGCACCGCACUUUCCUCCCUAAUCUCCCACAAACAAACCCAGACCACCUAAAAGAAGAAGUCUGAGUACUUGAUGUCACUGCUGACCAUUUUUAAAUGCUGUAGAAUUUCAGAUUUGUAUGUGUGUUACCCAAUGUAACCUGGUAGCUCUAUUGGUAAAGAAUGCGUCCCACGGAAAGAGGCCAUGUCCUGGAUGCGAAGUCCGACCUGUGGCCUUUUGCAGCUCGUCUCCUCAUCUCUCUAAGCUGUCCUGCGUAACAAAGCCAAAAUAAGAAAGUAUAAAGUUAAGAAAAGAUCAUGUUUUGGGUUUAAAUACCUGUUCUCUAUCCACCACAAACACAGCUGGAAAUCAACCAUCUCGUGGGUGCAGACACGUGCAGUCCCAAAAAUUUAUUCUGCUGGGAUUCUGUAGGUUACAAUAAAUAAACAGGCGAACCGUCCUUAACAGUGACCAUGGAUUCCAGGUUUUACGUUUAAGUCUGAUUUGAAAAGUCUUAACAUUACACAAUAUUCUAAUGUCAAGUUUGCCUCAUUAAACAACUUGCACCAGAGUUUGCCACAUGAUUUUCAUAUCAUAUGGAAAUGAGUGGACAACAACGGUAGGAAAAAUACAUUCAAAAAUCGCUGACACUCUGACAUCGCUAUUCAAAAUAGACAGCAGUAUUAAUUAUUUGUGAUGUGUAAUAAUCAUGGUAUAACGGUCUUUAAGUCUGAAUCUUUAAAAAACCUAAUAAAGAUGUAAACGUCCUGGAUUGUAGAACUGUAUCUGUAAACUUUCACACACUAGACAUAAUUCUAAAUUCUGAGAAGUACUGAGUGAUUUCUCAUCGCCCACAAACAUUUAUUUCUACAUCUAAUCAGACUGCACUGCACUUCUGUUUUAACAAUAAUUUUUGUGUCUACUUGUGCAUCAGCUUACUGUACUUACCUGUGAUUUUCUGUCUGUUUAGGUUUCUUAAGCUGUCUUACAAGUAUAUUUGUCUAGUUUCUGGUCAAAAUAUGUCAUUACAGCCAGUAGCAGACGCGAUCACCUGGAAGGUAACAUUUCAGUGAGAUAUAGUGACUUGUUUUGAGACAAUUAUUUUUAACAAACAAGUAACAUUGUUUCCCCUUUAGCAUUAGUUUCUUUUGUUUAUGCUACACAUACAGGACACACCAUGCUUUUGAAUUAGAGUACAAAGGCAGGUGAGGAUUAUGAGGAUUGUGAUGAAAAUUAAGUUUGCUGUUUGACCAAAUUAUCUUUAAAAUAUCCAGUGGACAGAUUGAGUAACAAAACAAAUGUCACGAUCAAAUAGAUAUGAUGUUGUCACUAAUAAUGCCAUCGCAGCAAUGCUGUCACUAUGGCAGCCGACCUCAAAGCAGCAAGAAAAAUAAGGGGGAUAUCAGGAAACAUGCCAUGAUCAGCUAGCUGGCUAGCACUGUUAUACUCCUCUUUCUGCCCAGUAUGUGUACUUUUUCAGGUUCAGCACACACAUAUCUGGUGGAUUAAAUGAAAUCACCCAAAUUAACACCACUAUUUGAUUUAUGCCUCUCACGUAACACUAUUGUUUGCUAAUUUAUAUCUGAAUAUAACUUAUCUGUUUCUUACACUUUGUUUAUAAUACGCUCAUUUUCCCACAGGCAUCUCUUCCUAUCUGCCUCUAAUUAUUGUUCAGUAUGAAAAUAAACUACACAUGUU